AUGGUCGAUCCUGAAUUCGACCACAGAUUUGUAUUCGACGAUCAAGGAAGGACGAACAUUCUUGGAUCCCCGUUCUUUGACGUCUUCUUUGGCAACAACGAAACUGUUGAAGGGUACAUCGACCGCAUAUUGUACCAACUGACAUUGUUGAUUGAAGAGCACCUUCCACCGGGUCGUUGGAUAAUCGUUGGUCAUCCACAACUUCCUCCACCGCCGGCUACCUCUCCACCGACGAAGAUCCUUGGCGCCAUCUUUUUAGUGCAUCACAUUGCAGGCUUAAAAAGUGAUUUGAUUUUCAUUUUUUGCAGAUAUGAAGAAGACAUGCUUGCUUUUACAGGUUGUAGCAAUAAUUUGACAAAAAGUGAAGCGGAGGAACUCCGAGAUAUGCGUUAUGAAGUGAGCCAUUGGAAGGAGAAGGAGAUUGAUGGUUCUGAGAGACGAAAGCAGGGUGGUUGUCCUUUAACUCCGAGGGAAACAUCCCUUCUCCUCAAAGGAUUGGGAUUUCCAUCAAGCACACGCAUAUACUUGGUGGCUGGUGAAGCCUUCGGAAAUGGUAGCAUGAAGUAUCUUACAGAUGAUUUUCCACACAUUCACUCUCAUUCAACCUUGUCUUCAGAAGACGAACUUAGACCUUUCAGAAAUCACCAGAACAUGCUUGCUGGGUUGGACUAUGUUGUUGCUCUUCAGAGCGAUGUUUUUAUUUACACAUAUGAUGGAAAUAUGGCAAAGGCUGUGCAGGGUCAUAGGCGGUUUGAGAACUUCAAAAAAACAAUUAAUCCAGAUAGAAAUUUCAUGGAGAAAAACAUUGCCUGA